GUUGAUCGUCUUGCCUAUUCCCCUGAUGUACAAGAAUCACAGGUUGUAAAUCUUCUAGAAAUAUUCAACAAUUUAAUACAAGACAUCACUGACCAAUCACGUUUAAUCUCAUCGUUAAUUAAUCCUCAGGAUAUAACUCCGACUGUAAGCAAUUCACCAACACCGACAACAAGUCAACCAGGAGGUCAGGUGGAAGGUGGACUACCAUCACAAACAAUGGAAACAGUGAAUGAAACAGCUCCUUCUGAAACUGUACCACCGUUGGCGACAGAACCUUCUGAAGUACCAGAAACAGCAGUGGAAUCAGAACCACAAGCAUCAGCGCCACCAAUUUCAGAGGAGAAAUUAACGGUUCAAGAAUCUGAAGUUGAACAAAAAGUAAAACACAAAACAUCACUGCCAGGACAAGAUGCAACUGAUAUGGAUUCCUAUGAAAAAGUCAAGUCACUCACAGGAUUCUCUCAACAAGUUCUGUUGACACCAGAAGUUACUGAUCUCAUAAAAACAAUCACUGAUCAUAUACGAUCAGCUAUGUACGCUGCAAUGGAUUAUCAACAACAACUGGAGAGUAAUUAUUCCUUUUAUUGGACUGAAGAUCGUACAGAAUUUAUUAAACAAUUUUGUCGUUAUGGUCGUCUAUUAACUAAAGAUGAUAUCGGUCCCACAGGGGAAAUUGAAGCGCAUGAAAAUCCGCCAACGCUAGAUCAAUUUCGUGAACAAAUUAUUAAAUAUGAUCGUGUUUUUGAAGAAGUUGAACGGAUAGAUGAUUCAAAAUUAUUUGAUUCAUGGUUAAAGGCUAAUUUGAAACCAUUUAAACAAUCCCUAUUAUCAGUGAUUAGACAAUGGAGUGAUAAAUUUAAACAAUAUCUUCUUAGUCAUGUUACAACUACUCUUGAGAAUUUACAACAAUUUGUUAAGAAUAGUCAAGCAGAUUUAGAAAUUCCUACAACUGAUAUCGAAUCAGUGGAAUAUAACAAAUUAGUCACAAUACUAGAGCGCUUAAAGUUAAUACGUGAAGCUGAAGAGGCAACAGAUGCUGGUUUUGAACCAUUAAGAGAGACUGUAGCUUUAUUAAAAGAAUUUGGUGAAGAAUUACCUGAGUCAAUGAAUAAAUUAUUAGAA